AUGGAUCGCUUACCUGACAGCAGUCCUGCGGGCAAUGGUCGGCCCUCCGAGGCGGGGUGCCCCAAGUGCAGCGAGCCCCGGAGCUGGCUGCCUGGCGUGGUGGGUGCCCUGCGUCGAGUCAGGUGGGUCCUCCUUCAAAGCUCGCUAGAAAUGAUAGUCAGCCCUCGGAGUCGGCGUGCCCCACGCGCGGUGAGCCCCGGAGCUGGCAGCCUGGCGUGGUGGGUGCCCUGCGUCGAGUCAGAUAUAAUAAAGGAGCAAAAUCGGGAGUUAAGAGGUACACAGAGGGCUAUAACCAGAGAUAGAGCAGCACUUGAAAAACAGGAAAAACAACUGGAACUGGAGAUAAAGAAAAUGGCUAAGACUGGGAACAAAGAAGCCUGUAAAGUGCUAGCAAAACAGCUUGUACAACUGCGGAAGCAGAAAAAUCGAACAUACGCUGUUAGCUCUAAAGUCACUUCUAUGUCGACUCAAACAAAGGUCAUGAACUCUCAGAUGAAGAUGGCAGGAGCUAUGUCAACUACAGCGAAAACAAUGCAAGCAGUUAAUAAGAAAAUGGAUCCACAAAAGACGCUACAAACUAUGCAGAAUUUCCAGAAGGAAAACAUGAAGAUGGAAAUGACUGAAGAAAUGAUUAAUGAUACUCUGGAUGAUAUUUUUGAUGCUUCUGAUGAAGAGGAAGAAAGCCAAGAUAUUGUUAACCAAGUGCUUGAUGAGAUAGGAAUUGAAAUCUCUGGAAAGAUGGCCAAAGCCCCGUCAGCUGCCAGAGGCUUACCAUCUGCAUCAACAUCAAAAGCUGCUACCAUAUCAGAUGAAGAGAUUGAACGACAGCUCAAAGCUUUGGGAGUUGAUUAGCUUGAUGGCAAUAUACAAUCUGCCUUCUAAUUGUUCAGCUACAGACAGAUGUAAAAAGUGCGAAUACUCUUUCAGUGCAACUGAUGUCUAGGGAAGCUCUGAAGCUUCAGAAAUGAUGACUUGAAGUUGAUACUGGGGGAAGGAGAAGGGGAGAAUAUUUUGAAUCAAUUUACGGGGAGAAGUACGCUUAGUGUGUCCAUUGCCUGGGGUCUUCUUGAGCACUGGAUGAACCAGAGAUGCAGUUCCAAUGAUAAAGUCGUUUAUACCUGAUCUGAACCUGCCCUCUGAAUUCAAAAUUUUCUUCUGUCUCAGUUCC